GAGCAUCCAGGCCGGUUGUCUCUCCCUGCAUGCUUGAAUAAAGAAGCCUCAGGCUGUUCUGAUCCAAACACAACACGUGGUAAAUUUUUCCACAACAGUAGAAUGUGUUGGUUUGCCUGUGUCCUCAACUUCAUUAGAAAAAAAUGAACUGAUUUAUACAACUCUUCAAAGGACCCAACACUAUUGGGAUCCACAACAACUAUUUUAUUUAUUUUCUUACGUGGUCUAAAACAACCUGACAAAUCCUCUGCUACCAUGAAGACUUUGCUUAAAUUACAGAGUCUCAAAUCCUUGUGGAUUCCCAAAUCAAGUUGUAGGCUUUUCCAUAAACAGCCCAAGCUUCUUGCCCCAGAGCCGUUUUCGCAGAAUGAAUCUAUCAGGCAGGGUGAACAGCAAGUGCCCGAAUACUUUAACUUUGCAAGUGAUGUGCUGGAUAAAUGGUCUCAGAUGGAAAAGGAUGGAAAGAGAUCAUCAAACCCAGCCUUCUGGUGGGUAAAUGGAAGAGGAAAUGAAGUGAGGUGGAGCUUUGAGGAGCUGGGAUUCCACUCCAGAAAAGUGGCCAAUGUCCUCUCUGAUAUAUGUGGUCUGCAGAAGGGAGACAGAGUUAUGCUGAUUCUGCCCCGGAUACCGGAAUGGUGGCUGGUGAAUGUGGCUUGUAUGAGAACAGGAAUCAGCCUUAUUUUAGGGACCUCUCAAUUAACAGCUAAAGACAUUUCGUAUAGACUUCAGGCUUGUAAGGCCAAGUGUAUCAUUACCAAUGAUAUGGUGGCAUCCGCAGUGGACGCAGUUGCAUCUGAUUGCCAGUUUCUGAAAACCAAGUUAAUUGUAUCCGAAGGCAGAAGAGAUGGGUGGCUGAAUUUUAAUGAACUAUACAAAGCACAACCUGCUGAUCACAUCUGCGUUAAAACAAAGAUUCAAGACCCAAUGGUUAUCUACUUUACCAGCGGAACCACAGGUUCUCCAAAAAUGGCUGAACACUCCCAGGGCAGUCUUGGUUUUAGACCUGUCAUAAGUGAAAGAUACUGGCUGGAUUUGACUCCUGAAGACAUGAUGUGGUGCUUAUCAGAUACAGGCUGGAUAAUAGCUUCGCUGGGGUCUGUUCUUGAUCCAUGGGUUUUCGGAUCAUGUGUCUUUGUACACAGCCUUCCACAGGUUGAAUCAACAACUAUCCUAAAUACUCUCUCCAGAUUUCCCAUCACCACUAUCUUUGGUGCUCCGACUUUGUUCCGCAUGCUGGUGCAGCAUGAUCUUACCAGUUCCAAGUUCAUGAAUCUGCAGCACUGUGUGAGUGGAGGGGAGCCACUCAACCCAGAAGUGAUGGAGCAGUGGAAAAGGACGACUGGCCUGACUAUCUGUGAAGUAUAUGGACAAACAGAAACAGGAACAGUUUGUUCCGUUUUCAAAGGGAUGAAGAUUAAACCAGGAUCAAUGGGAAAGGCAGUUCCCCUUUAUGAUGUUCAGAUCAUAGAUGAGAAUGCUAAUGUUCUGCCUCCUGGACAAGAAGGGGAAAUUGCCAUCAGAAUCAAACCUAAAAGGCCACUUGGUCUUUUCUCUAAGUACAUAGAUAACCCUGAGAAAACCGCUUCAUCAGAACGUGGAAAUUAUUUUGUCACGGGAGACAGAGGGACAAUGGAUGAAGAAGGAUAUUUCUGGUUUCUUGGAAGAUCUGAUGAUGUCAUCAAUUCUUCAGGGUAUCGUAUUGGACCAUCUGAAGUAGAGAAUGCCUUGAUAGAGCACCCGGCUGUAGUAGAAUCCGCUGCUGUCAGCAGCCCAGACCCCCUCAGAGGCGAGGUGGUGAAAGCUUUUGUGGUCUUGUCACCUGCCUUUUCCUCGUGUGACCUGGAAAAAUUAACGCUUGAGUUGCAGGAGCAUGUCAAGAAAGUCACCGCUCCAUACAAAUAUCCCAGAAAGAUGGAAUUUGUCCAACAGCUACCCAAGACAAUCACCGGGAAAAUCAAGAGGAAUGAGUUAAGGAACAAAGAAUGGGGGCGAAUGUAACAUUGUUGGGAGUUUAAUAUAGCUUCUUUCACUCCAAUGAUGUCAUGCAAGUUGUACCAGUUCUCAGGGUGCCCCGAAGUGUGUUACCUUGUUGUCUCCUUCCUUCCCCCACUACUGCCAGCGAGAGAGAGACUUGCUGAUGCUUAACCAGUCUGUUAGUCACCCAAACAAUCUCCUCAGGGCAAUGCAAGGCCUCAUUUUUCUUUGCAGAUUAACCAUAGGUGCACCCUAGUCCCUGAACCACCUUGAACCAGUGUUGUGAUAGCCAGCCUGACCAGGGAUGGUCUCUAGAUAAUACUUAGUGCUGCCACGAGUGCAGGGGACUGGACUAGAUGACCUCUCGAGGUCCCUUCUAGUUUUAUGAUUUUAUGAUUCUGAGCUGCUGUUACAGAAAUAGAGAACCAUUUGCUAGUUGGCAUUGAGAGGUUCUUAGGGUGUCACAAGCAUCUCUGUGUUAUAAUUGCCUUUUUUCUAUUGGAUUUUUCCAAUAUCAUGAGCACCUACAUUACCUGGAAAAUUUAACAGAAGGACCCAGGCUGCAAAAUUGAAUCCUAUGAUGAACCCAAGCUGCAAAGUUCCGAUCUGGUUGCAAACCAAAUUUCCCCAAAUGUGGUUCCAGUUUCAAGCAUUUUAUUGAUAGGGGCCAGCAGCAGAGUUCCGAGCUAAACCUGAACUUUCCCAAACUCCAUUGUGUUCAGAUCUAGGAUUUGGCUGUGUUGCAUCUAUGUUCUGGAACGUAUUUGAGAUCAAUGAGACAGUGUUGCAAGCUGCAGAAAAAUACAGAGAUGUCCUUUAGAAGUUAUGAUUUACCUUAUCCAAACUAUAGACCAAUACACCCAGCCAUGUGAAAACGGAAAGGCCUGCUCAACUGAUGAUACCUCCAGAUACCACACUUUAAUAUAGGUACAGCUGACAAUGUGGGCCAUCUGAUCCAGCUGAUACCAUGGCCACGCUUUAUCAACAAGCACUAACCAAUACAGAGGCAAUCAGCCUAGAUUUAGCUCCCCAGCCUCACUUCUAAUCUUGGCCAGGAGUAGAGAAAAUACUUGCAUCACCUCUGCAAGUCACUGACAGAAAGAUCUGAACGGCUUGCUGUUGGACAGGUGAAACCCAGUCAGGUAGAGCAAACCCAGGUUCUCUGCCAUUUUACCCACAUGUGGCAGGACAAGCCCACCAGUGGGCUCCUUUAAUGCAAUAGUCAUCUAGAUUGUAUUACGGGUCAAUGAACAGACUUUCUGAAUGUCCUACAUGGCUUACUAGCUGACCCAAUUCUCCUAUAACGUUGUGUCUGUGGGCAUAUGGCCACAGUUUGUUACAGUAGCAUGUGCUGUAGAGUGCUGAGUUCUAAGGACGUACCAAUUCUUAACUCUUCAUCACCAAGUGUUGCACUUCGCCCAGUCUAGAAAGUUUAAUUUUCUGGCCUGUGAUCUUUCACUAGCUCACAAAAUGUCUUUGACAAUCAGCUGUCCUUCUCCAUUCACUAAACAGCAAGACAUUUUUAGAGAGCAGCACCUUCUUGGGAGCUGAGAGAAAAGCUUUUACACUCAGCAUCCCUAGAAGUGUGUGUCACACCCCUCUGCAGCUGGAUUUUUAUUGUGAUUAUAAAACAAGAUUUGGAAUGUGACUAUUUUGAGCAAUGAAAAACAACAUUUAUUUGCUAGGAAUAACACCUGUCUAUGCCAAUGAAAUAAUUUCUGUGCUAAAGACUGCUGCAAUGAAUGCAAAAGAAGUUCAAUAAACACAAUAUUUACUUUG